CAUUUUGGUCCUUCUCGGAAACUUGGACCCAUCGCGGGAUAAUCAUGGUUCUCAAACAAAGAGGUGGUUACUUGGGGGCUAUUACAAAGCUCGAGACUUUCAUCCAAGCAUGCAGCGAGCAGCAGUUUGUGGCAACAACCAGGUCAGCUCUCGAGUCUUCUCUGAACACUUUGGCGUCUACAAGGGCCAAAUACAUGGAGGUUCAGGAACAGGUGAUCGCUCAGCAAGAAUUGGAGAGCCACAGACAACGUGAGGAAGAAGCUCUCUCAAGCGUACUUGAACGGUGCGAUGCCUUGGAGAUUCGCAUUAGGGAUUUGAUCGACCAAAUUCCGGAGAAUCCCUUGGACACUUCCAUGGACGAGGUGAAGACGUGGAUGCAGGAGCGGAUGGAAGCCCAGCUGAAGGAGCAAGAGAGAAGGCAUUUGCAAGAAAUAAAUAAAAUGAGUCAGAAAAUUGCCUCUCUCUCUGCUCAAGCUCAAGAUGGCCCGCCAAAGCAGGAAUUCGCCAAUGAAAGUAAUAAGUCUCUCAUCAAGGCGAAGGAAGCACAAUCUCAACUCAUGGAAGUCAUGGCAGAGGGAGGAUUCGUAUUAGCCAAAUGGGUCUCCAAUCAUCCGGGAAUCCAACCAACUGGGGCAUCUGAAUCAAAUACAGCACUCAUUCAAGACUCCACCAAGGCUCUCGGACUCAGAUGGGAUGCUGAGUCUGACACUUUCCAUUUCAUUUCGCCAAUUUCAACCGAUGUUGAGAGAGUCACGAAACGAUUUGUGGCAUCAGUCAUCGCAAAAAUAUUCGACCCUCUCGGUCUCAUUGGACCUGUAAUUGCCGUGGCGAAAAUGAUUCUUCAGGAGCUUCACAAAUUGGAAGUUGAUUGGGAAGACGAAGUUUCUGGCGAUUGUUUGAAUCAGUGGCAGUCAUUUGUUGGCUCCAUUCAAGAUCUUCAGGCCCUCAGCAUUCCCCGCUGGAUCUCACAAUUUCCAACUCCAUCUUGUCUAGAAUUGCAUGGAUUUUGUGAUGCGAGUACGAAGGCCUACGGCGCUGUCGUUUACGUCGUCACUCAGGAUGAGCUAGGGAAUCGAUGUUCAUCUCUACUCACUUCCAAAUCGAGGGUAGCUCCACAGAAGAAUCCCCAAACCAUUCCGCGCCUUGAACUUUGUGGCGCACUCUUGCUUUCGAAUCUCAUGGAGAAGAUCAAGGAGAUCUUUGCCCCCGCUGCUAUCUAUUUAUGGACGGAUUCUACGAUCGUCCUAUCGUGGUUAAAUUCCCCUCCUGACUCUUACAAGAAAUUUGUGGCCAACCGAAUCGGGAAUAUCUUGAAAAUCACUUCGGCUCUUCAGUGGAAGCAUGUUCCUACACUGGAUAACCCAGCUGACCUUAUUUCAAGGGGAGCUAGUCCCAGUCAGCUUUCCGCCUCUACUUUGUGGUGGCAUGGACCGCCUUGGCUGAAGUGUGAUGAAUCUGAAUGGCCACAAAUUCCACCCAAUUGUAUUCGCCAUGUUCCUGAUGAUGCCAAGGCUUCUGUAAAUUUCUUCUCUACUUGGAUGGAAGAAGUAUCAUCUCUGAAGCGACUUCAGUUUCGCAUGGCAUUUGUCUUGCGCUUUAUCUACAAUUGUCUCCACCCGGAAUCAAAGCGCACUGGAAAGUUCUCGGUCGAAGAAUUAGAGCGUGCUCUACGAAAAUUGAUUUAUCUCGAUCAACAUGAAUGCUUUCCUCUAGUUAUUCGUCAGCUUCAAACUGGACGUGGCAUCAUGGCUCCGUGGAAGUUUCUUCAGUCAUUGUCUCCGUACUUGGAUCUUGAAGGACUUGUUCGUGUGGGUGGUAGACUGGAGAAAUCCCACGAAACUUUUGAGACUAAGCAUCCCAUAUUGUUGCCCAAGUCAACGCUACAGGAGCUCAUCGCGCAAAGAGAACAUCUCCGGCAAUUACAUGCCGCUCCGUCAUUACUCUUGGCGUCUCUUCGUCAAAAUUAUUGGCCAAUUUCGGGAAGAAACUUGGUUCGGAAAAUUGUAAGAUCCUGCAUCACUUGCGUAAGGGCUCGUCCUAAGCCUUUGGAGCAGAUUAUGGGAGACCUACCUGCUCAUAGAGUGACCUAUGAGCGCCCUUUUUAUGCCACAGCCGUAGACUAUGCUGGGCCAUUAACCUACAAACUCAGCAAUGUGAAGAAGGCUAAGACAGCUAAGGCCUACAUUUGCCUUUUCGUGUGCCUGUCAGUGAAGGCAAUCCACUUGGAGUUGGUGACGGAUCUGACGACAGAAGCGUUCUUAGCAGCGUUCCGACGAUUUGUGUCCCGACGUUCCGCCCCAAGACACAUGUAUUCAGAUUGCGGGACGAAUUUCGUGGGUGCAAGUCGGGAGCUAUGCAAACUCCACUCGAAUCACGACGAUAUUGCUGAUGCUACCUCUGAAAUUGGAAUCGUCUGGCAUUUCAACCCGCCUGGGGCUCCUCAUCAGGGAGGGCUCUGGGAGGCAGGAGUUAAGAGCGUUAAGUUCCACCUGAAUCGUACUCUUGGUCAAACGCUCAACACUUACGAGGAAAUUGUCACUAUUCUCUACCAGAUUGAGGCUAUUCUAAAUAGUCGUCCACUGUGUCUCGCGUCUGAGGAUCCAUCUGAAACAGAUUAUUUGACGCCAGGACAUUUCCUUGUGGGUGCCCCAUUGAAUGCAUUGCCCGAUCCAGACCUUUCCCAUAUCAACACUAACCAUCUUGGGCGUUGGCAAUAUUGCCAGGAGAGAAGCCAGCACUUUGCUUAUCGCUGGAAGAGAGAGUACCUGAAUACUCUGCAACAAAGGAUGAAGUGGAAAAAUCCUCACCCGAAUGUCGACGUGGGAGACGUGGUACUAACCCUGGGGGAUGUCACGGGGAAAUGGAUCCUUGGAAGGAUUGCAACAGUGCACUCUGGUGCCGAUGGACACGUGCGUGUAGUUACUAUACGCACAUCCAAAGGAGUCUUCAAGAGGCCAAUCACCAAGGUGGCAUUCUUGCCAGUCAAGGAGCAGUCUGGGCCUACGCCCAUCCUGGGGGAGGAUGUACACGCCGCCACUGAGUAGCGAAAUAUCGGCGGGAAAAUAUUCACCACAUGCACUCUUCCCGCCUCUCAUAUCUCCCACUUCUCAUCCUCUCCCAAAUAUCCCGUUCGAUCCUCACUCUCUCACUCUCCCCUUUCUUCGUGCAAAUUGAAAAAUCAGUCUUACGCAAUCACCCAAGCCAUCAGCCACAGUGCCACAUUUGUGAAAUAAAAAGUCUUUAAAAGUGAA